GAGUGUACCGAGGUUCUCCUUCCGCCGUCCGUAUGUGCAGAGAGCAGUCUGAUAUCGCUGGGAGGAAAAUGGACUGUGGGCUGUGGAAAGAGACCCUGGUUCUAGCAGAGGACUACCUGUCCCUGUGCUGCACAAGCCCGCAGCCAGCCCCUCCACCUCCCAGCGAGUCAGCCGCUGCUAUGAGGCGCCUAGCCCAGGACAUGGAGGCGCAGCACCAGGCCCGUUUCCACUCCCUUGCUCAGACCUUCCUCAGACAGUGUGGGCCGGACCCCUGCUCAAGCCUCAGGAAGGUGAUAGAGGAACUAGUGGGAGAUGGACUCUUGAACUGGGGGAGGGUUGUGUCCCUUUACACCUUUACUGGGGUGCUGGCCAGACAGCUCCAGGAGCAGAAGGAUAUGAAGCCAGGGCUGGACCCUGGAAAGGGGCAGAAACUGGGACAGGGGCCCGGACACUGCAGGGGACUGGCCGAGACUAUAGCGGACUACCUGGGAGAGGAGAAAAAAGACUGGCUGCUGGAGAACGAUGGAUGGGAAGGGUUCUGUAAGUUCUCCCGCAGUGCCAGAGAGGCGAGCCAGGACUUGUCGAUGAAGACGGCACUGUUUGCUGCAGCUGGCGUGGGCCUCGCUGGUCUCACUUUCCUCUUGGUGCGCUAGCUAGCCUUCUACAUCCUCAAAAAAUCGUUCUUAAUGUUCUCAUUUUAUUUGGUUAAAUUACUAAGAUGAUUGAAUUCUAACAUUAAUGCUGCAAAAACAACAGGCUUAAUCUGCAGUGAAUUCAGGGUCAAAAUCUCAUCAUCAACUGAAUGUUUGCACAUUCUCAAACCCCACGCACACAAGAAUACUGACAUCUUGCUCUUGCUCCUUAAGAUUGUAAAAAUGAUCUCAAUGCCUUCUGAAAUAUGGAGCAAGUGCUCUAAGUGUGCAGUGUGUAUGUGGUUUAGUACUGAAGCACAGGUUUCUGCACAAAGUCCUUUUGCUUUCCAAGUUUUCAGCGAUGCAGCUAAAAGACUUGAUUUGGAAUCCCCCUAAGCAUUUGGUUUAAAAUUGUCAGCUGCCUUUUAUUCACGUGUUUACCUGAGUUGUGUAUGUGGUAUAGAGCCAUUCUAGUGUACAAUGUAUAAAUUAAUAUAUUAUAUUUAUAUGAAAUGAAACGGUAAGCAGCAGUGGCCCUUUUCAAACCUCCGCAGCUAAGUCAUUUGUUUCAUUGUUUUACGUUUGUCCUACAUUUAUGUAAUUUUACAUGGUUGACAGAGCUGAAUGCAGGCCUGACGACCUUAUGACGGUGCUAUGAUGAUACUUUGUGAAAUGUUUCUAUUAUUGAUCUACCAAACCAGGGACCAAUCGGACGUCGAACAUCCUGCUAUUUGAACAAACAAGCUCUUGCAUUCCCCCACAGAUCUCUGAAACAUUAUAUUUUUACAUUGUUUUGUCUAUUUAUUGUCUGUUUUGUUUUUUUUUUUUAAUAAAAAAAGGAGUUAAAGGUGGUAAAA